CCAGAAAAGUCGGGUGGAGAGUCUCUCUGUACUCUCUCUGUCUGUGUUUCGUCUUUGCUUCCAUCUUUCUAGGGUUCUUCCUUCUUUAAUCUUUUAUUGUUUAGGGUCCAUUUCUCAAUUAAUUUACGCAGCAAAUUUGUCGUUAAUUUUAUUAGUAUUUCCUAUCGAGUUUUCGUUAAAUCAAAUGGACUCCAAUGCGUGGAUCGCUCGUCUCGCGUCUUCUUCUUCUUCUUAUUCUAGGCGAUACCAAUCUCGAUCCGAUCUCUACGGAGGCGGAUACGACGAGACGGAAGGCGAUGAUGAUUUGAAGUCUGAGUUUCUUUGCCCGUUUUGUGCUGAGGAAUUCGAUGUUGUUGGGCUGUGUUGUCACAUCGACGAGGAGCACCCCGUUGAGGCCAAAAAUGGGGUGUGUCCUGUUUGCGCGAAAAGGGUGGGAGCAGAUAUUGUCAGCCAUGUUACCUUGCAACAUGGAAGUUUUUUUAAGGUGCAGCGCAAGAGGAGAUUACGCAAGGGUGGAUCUAACUUGACAUUUUCUAUGCUAAGGAAAGAAUUGCGAGAGGGAAAUUUUCAGUCCCUUCUUGGGGGAUCAUCGCAUGUAGUUUCUUCCUCCAUUAUAGAAUCUGAUCCAUUGCUGUCGUCAUUUAUGUUUAAUCCACCUUCAGGUGAUGAAUGUUCAAAUGGACAUCGUUUAUCUACAGAGGCAAGCUCAAAUAAGGAAAGCUCGAGUAAGGUUAUUCAAAACAGCAACAGGAACCUUCAACAGUCGGCGGUGUUGGGUAAGGAUCAGGAGGAGAAAGCUCGGAGAUGUGAGUUUGUCCUGGGACUGUUGGCGUCCACGAUUCUGGGUGACAACGUAUGAAGUCAAUGGAAUGUCUGCUAUAGACGCAUGGAUUAGAGACUUGGAGUUAUAAAAACAAAAAAAUCGAGGGUGGUUUAUGUCUCCCGAGCGGGGUGAUAGAUAGAUAGGUUGGGGGAAAACUAUAUAUGUAUGUUGAUUGUACUUUAGAGCUUAUGUGCAUAGUCAUAAUGGAAAGAUGGAAGAGCUUUUUAAUGGC